AUCUCCACAGGACGAAGUUCUCGUCGUCUCCUCCUCUCAUCUUCAUCUUCAAAUCUCUGUCCGAUUCCUUGAAACACCCUCUACCUUUCCCAAAAUCCCCUCCAAUCCCCCAAUCUUUCUUUCCCUUUUCGCCUCUUGACCAUUUCUCGCUCUUUGGAUGGAGAAAGGGUAACGAGGGAAGGCAUUUUAUCAUGGAUAACUCAUGGCAGAUCAAAUGCACUUCUGCUUGGGUUUCACCUUCUCCUCCGUUGCCGCUGCCGCCCCUGCCAACGUCUUCACAGCUUCCGACGCCGUCAGGAUCUCGCAAUCAGAUGGAUAUGAAUGUGGGUCAUUAUUUUCAUCCAUGCAUUGCCCAACAAUCUGGUGCUACAGAGCGUAUGACUGUACAAGAACCCUUGGUGUUUAGUACCUUGAACUUGGGCUCCUGCAGCAAAUCUGGGAAGCCCGAUCUUGGAAACUCAUUUCUAGCUCUUCUGUCUGGAUCUUCACAGCAACUACAAUGUGAUUUUCAGCAACUGUCAAAUUCAAAACCUUCUGUUGCUGCCAGUAAGCUUCCAGUUCAUGAUAGCGGUAUCGUAGCCAGAGGUGUUGGCUGUGGAGUUUCAGCAGCACGAUUUGCAUCAUUUCCUCAACUUAAUGGCAAUGAAAGCAUGGGAAAUGGAACUGAACUUUGUCCGGUUGUUGCGUCCAGGGCAAUGCCAACCUCUGCUUGUAGCCGAGUUGCUGUUUUGCACAAUAAUCUGCAAACAACACAUUUUCAUCUUCGUGGUGCAGAGUCCGCCAAACCGGUUCUCAACCAUGCAGUCUGUGGCAGCAACGAUAUUGGGAGGGAGGCAUCAUCUCUAAGGUGGGGAUUGGUUGCCGGUACAAGUUACUUGAAUGCCAGUCAACAUCAAACCACCAAUAUCCAGGCAUCGCCGAGAAUGCCAUUGGAAUCUAUAUCUUCUAUGUCAACUCAUCCACCUGCUUUUACAAGAGGACGUCCACGUGUCUUCUGCCUUGGUACAAGUGGUAAUCUGCAUCUUAGUGACAAAGGGUUUAUUGGAGUUGUCUGCUCAUGUCAUUGUUUACCGAUGUCCGUGGCUAAAUUUUGUGAGCAUGCAGGAUCAUGUGCUGUUAGUCCUGGGGAUGCUGUCCACUUGGAGAGUGGUGAGACUAUUGUUCAGUGGCGCAGGGCCUGUUUCAUGAAGUACGGGAUGAGGCUUCCAGACGACAGUAGUGGAUGGGACUGGCCUGAUGGAAUCCCAGCAUCUGGUGGUUUGAUGAAAUGCAAUGCUACCACUAUCUCAAAAGUGCCCAAGAACUAUGACGUGUCUCAGCCAGUUGAUUCAUUUGGAGCCUUAAUAAGGUCUGGACAACCUUGGAAUGAUUUUGCAUCUCCCAACUGCCCUUACACAGGAAGGUCUGUCUUGGAAAAAUCUGUCAACAUGGUCACACAUGAUGGGCAACAAAAGAAUGCUCUGGAUGGGCAUAUUGUUUUCAAUGGCUUUGUUAGUACUUCAAAUGCCAUCUUGCCUGCUCUGUCGAAUAAACAGACGUUGCAGACAGUGAAGGAAAGCCCUAUGUCCAAUGGUCUGACCGUAUCAAAGUCUGCUUUAGACAAAGGGCAACAAAGCAGUGAGCAUCAGUCAGUUGUUGAUUACACUGAUUUCAUUGGUAAAGUUGGCAAUCCAUUCAUUGCCACCCCAAGUUCAGGAAACUUAAAAUCUUUUGGUACAGUUCCUGAUAUCAUCAGAUGCAACAGUUCAAGGGAAGCAUUUAUCAUGGAUAGGGAUGCUGUUUCUUCGAGCAUUGAGCUGAGGCUCGGGCAACCAUCUCAGCAGAGCCAAACACUAGGAGGUUCUAUUCCAUCAGCCAUGCAUCCUCAGCUGUUUGGUGGGUUAUGUGAUCCCCAAAAAUCACAAAUUUUUGAACCAUUCGUCCAUAGAGCUAUUGUUCCCGGGGUGACAGAUGGAUCCAGGCAAAACCCUCGCCAUGCUCCUGCAGGCGCAUCAGAUUCCAACCGAGUAGAAAAAGAAAGCCAGUCAAACCUUAUGAGUCAUGCACUUAGAAGCCUUAAUGCUAUGGGUUCUGCGAAACUAGAUCAACUUAAGGGUGAUGCAACAAAGAGCUCACUAGUUUCAAUGUUUCAUUCACACUUUGGUACUCUGUUGGAAGGAGAUAAACAGUCUCAGGCUCCUAAUAAUACAAUUAGUAGAAGUGAGCACUUUGUGCCCCAGAAAGAAACCAAUGGAAUGGAAAGCAAAUUACUUAUUAAUGGACGUGGUGUUCCCGGUCAUAUGGAUAGGGGUAAAGUGUUGAGAACUGUUGCUGAUAAGUGCUCCUAUAUCGCUGCAAAGCCUAACUCUUUGUUUCCUAGUAAAAAGAUGCCAGAUCCAUUUGCUGGGACACUUAAUGGGCAUUUUCUUGAUAGUUCCUCUGUGCAUGACAGACAAUCUUCCGCUUGUUUACAUCAGAAGUCUGUCAUCCUACCAGAUGCUGCAUCUAAUGCUAGAAAUUCCUCCAGCCAAUUUGGGAAAGCUCUCUGUGUUGGAAGUAGCAACCAUCCCGAACCUGUGGUUCUUAGAUCAGUAAAUUCUGCUGCUUCUGUGACUGCUGGGUCUGGUUUAUUCUCACCAGCAGCUCCAGUGGGCUUUGAUUCAUCAAAUUCAAUCAAUUUAGCAAAUUUGACAUCAGCUUUGUCGAACAAGAAAGGCAAUGAUUUAAACCGGCAUUUGCUGGAUGAGAACUUGAGACUACUCGCGCUAAGGCAUGUAGCUGAGCUGUCUAAGCAGGACCUUUCGAUUUCCUCCCUUGAAAUGAGCCCAGAACAAGGGCUGUUAUAUUAUCCUUUGUCUGUGGCAAUUCAGAGGAAGGGCUCUCAAGAAGGCAUUACAGCACCCGAAGAACUAAGGGAAGGACCUUAUUCGACCAAUAAACAGCAGGCAUCUGAAGAUCCUGUUAGAUCUCACCAGCCAUGCUUUAAUCGUUACCUGAGUAGUGAUUUCGAGAAGUUUCCUGGCAUGGAAGGUCUAAACAGCUGCUGCAACAUCUCAACUUCUAUGCAGGGAAUCUCAGUAUGCUCUAAAGAACUUCAUGUUCAGUGUCCACCUUGUCAUGGUCAUGGUGCUGAUGAUCAGCCUUUGCUGAGACUUGGGAGAACGGAAAGCAAAAUUUCUAGUGAUCCUAGUGAGCAUGAACGAUGUUGUCAGAAAGAAUCAAAUCUGCACUUUGCUGUCAAUUGCGCGUGUGCUGUUCAUUCAAAAUGUUUGACAGGAUGUUGUAUUUCCAGAGGGGAAGCCCCUAAUGAUGCCUCUAAGGAACAUACAGAAUAUGUUGGUGGAAGGGCCCCUGGACAGGUUACUUCAACAUUUGAUAAAGAUCGUAUGACUCCAGAGAACAACAGGGGUAUAGUAGCUCAUUGUGAAAUUUUAAAGAUGCAUUCUGCUCAAUGGAGAGAUGUUCCAAGCAAGGUUAUAGGUAAUUGUAACGUUACUACCGUUGAGAGGCCAGCAGACAUAUUGGAUGCCAAAGCAACGGUUGAAGAUCAACUUGCGGAUACAGCUGCUAAAAGGUCUAGUGGAACCAGUCAAGAUACUGGGCCAUUGAAAGAGCAACAGAUGUCUAAUGGUUCGUCUGGAUGCUCUGCGCCUGUGGUCACUGAGGUUUCUGUUGAAGUUAACAAUUUGGAUUCUUGUAUUUUGGAUUCUGGGGAUGAUAGAUAUGUGCAUGAUCCUGUAAUCGAUGAAGGGUCGGGAAUUGAAAAAUGUGGCUCAUCUGAUGAUGCACUUGGAGAUGGAAGCUGGGUUAAAACCACCAAUGGUACUGGUAGGAUUGUCUCCAAAAAAGCAGUAGGUUCUAAUUUACCAAAGCGAUCAUCAUGUGAUCUUAUUGACGAACUUAAGUUAAGGAAUUCCUUUAAAUUGAAGAAGGUAGGAAAUCACAUCCAAGAUGGAUGUACUCUUCAAGAGCACAUGGACCAUACACAAGAAUUUGAGCAGGGCCCAAAAGCAGAAAAGAAACGGAAGGUGAUGAAAUGGAAGAGACUGGAUGCAACUUUUCCAGUUUCUGGUCUUUCUUCGACUCAUUGUAGUUCUCCUAAGUGGAAUUCUGAGCAUUCUGAGCUGCACCUCCAUUCAUCAAAAGAGACUCCCCUUCGAGCUGAACAUGGAAAGAAGAAGACUUGCUGUAUUUAUGCAUGUGCACCUUCCAGUGUCAAACGGAAACGCUCGGCACUAUCAUCUGCUAAAACCCUUCCUCACAAGAGAAAUCUGCAUCUAUUUGAAGAUCACCAUCAAGAGUGGGAGGAUUGUUAUCAAACAAAAUUAAAGGGUGAUAUCCGUUCUCCUAAAAUACCUAAAAUUGCAGCUGAAAAGAAGGUAAAACAGGGUUGGACCGCAGAUUUUAAAAAACACUUCGCAAAGGUAAAUCAUGUAGACACUGGAAAAACGCCCAAGAAUGUCUCAAUAGGUCAUGCUAAAAAUAUCUUCAGUCAUGGGGUGGAAACUCGUGAUAAGAAGGCAAGGCCUGUAGUCUGUGGGAAUUCUGGCAUAAUUUCCAAUGGAAAAUUGGCAACAAAACCAGCAAAGAUUGUUUCCCUUAGGUCGGUUCUGAAGGUCGCCAAAAGAUGCAUUGUUAUUGAAAAUGAAAUCGAGCCUAAAACCAGUACUGAGACACAGAAGGGAUGCUUCAGUGAAACUGAAGGAUGUUAUGAAGAGAAAGAGAGAGAAAACGAAUGUCAAAAUACCAUAGGGGAGAACGAAGUAGAGCCAUCCAUGUUUGAUAUGAAGAAGACAUCUAGUAAAAAUGGAGGAUCCAAUGGUGUUCUCUUGAUGUUGAAGAAAGAAAGAAGCAAUGGAGUCCACAAAGCUUUAAAAUUUGGUACCUCUCAUGGAUGUCAUAGUACUAGGGUGAAGCUGAAAUCUAAGGAAACUCGGAAACGCAGCCUUCAUGAAUUAACAGGAAAAGGAUCGUGCCUGAAGAAAAGUUGUCAGAGUGGUUUACUUGAUGCCCUCCAUGAGAAGCAUCCCAGUUCUGCAAAAUUUCUCAGGAAGAAUUCGAAGUGCUCCCUUCAAACCGAUUUCAUUUCUUAUGAGAAAUCUUGUUUGAAGAAUACUGAGGAUAAUCAUGGUCAUAUAGGUGAACCAAGAUUUUCCAGUAAAGGCAACACAUCCCAGGCCUUCAGUUUGGAUUCAGAUGCAUUUUGUUGUGUUUGUGGAAACUCAAACAAAGAUGAAAUUAAUAGCUUAUUAGAAUGCAGUCGCUGCUUAAUCAGAGUGCACCAGGCUUGCUAUGGUGUUCCAAAAGUACCCAAAGGUCGCUGGUGUUGCAGACCAUGCCGGACAAGUUCCAAAAACAUUGUAUGUGUUCUCUGUGGUUAUGGUGGUGGAGCCAUGACUCGGGCACUAAGGAGUCGUAGCAUUGUGAAAAGCCUACUGGAGGCAUGGAAAGUUGGAGAAGGAACCAAGUCCGUUAUUUCCAUUGCCUCAUUUGAAACUGUGCAGGUUGAGUUGGGCUUAUUGAAUCCUACCUCAAAAGAUGAAACCUCUUUACUUGCAGAACGUGACUCAGUUCCUGUGAUGAGGCCCAUGAAUAUUGAACCAUUGCCUAGAGCUGUGUUGAAAAUGGAUUUUCAGAAAGACUCCGAUAUCCUAACAGAUUCAAACAGCUCUGUGGGUAAUUUUCAAGUACAUAACACUGUAACUGCAGGUGUACUUGAUCCAACUGUUACUCAGUGGGUACAUAUGGUUUGUGGGCUCUGGACGCCAGGGACACGGUGCCCAAAUGUUGACACCAUGAGUGCCUUUGAUGUAUCUGGUGCUUCACGUCCUGAAAAGAAUAAGGUGUGUUCAAUGUGCAAUCGUCCUGGGGGAUUAUGUGUGCAGUGCAGGGUUGUGAAUUGCUCUUUCCAUUUUCAUCCUUGGUGUGCACACCAAAAGGGUUUAUUACAAAGUGAGAUUGAAGGUGAUGAUGAUGAAAAGGUUGGUUUCUAUGGGAGAUGUAUGGUUCAUGCAACAAAUCUUGAUUGUCAUACCGAGAAUCAUCUUUUGGUUGUUAAACUAGAAAGCCGUGGAGAACCGGAAUUCACUUGCGCACGUACAGAGGGUUACAAGGGCCGUAAAAAGGGCGAAGGGCUCAGGAAUGAUUUUCAUGUGCAGUCUGGUGACAGCAAUGGAUGCCUGGUUACUCAGGAGCAGAUAAAUGCAUGGCUUCACAUCAAUGGGCAAAAGGCUUGCAUUAAAGGGCUUGUAAAACCACCAGCAUCAGAUAUUGAGUAUGAUUGUCGGAAAGAAUAUGCGCGUUACAAACAAGCAAAGGGGUGGAAGAAUUUGGUAGUCUACAAGUCUGGUAUCCAUGCACUUGGUCUCUACACUUCUCAGUUCAUUUCACGUGGAGCAAUGGUUGUUGAGUAUGUAGGCGAGAUUGUGGGUCUCCGUGUGGCUGAUAAACGAGAAACUGAAUAUCAGUCUGGAAGAAAAUUACAAUAUAAGAGUGCUUGCUACUUCUUUAGGAUUGAUAAAGAGCAUAUCAUUGAUGCCACAUGCAAAGGUGGGAUUGCCCGGUUUGUCAACCAUUCAUGCCUGCCAAAUUGUGUUGCUAAAGUAAUAUCAGUGAGGAACGAGAAGAAGGUUGUUUUCUUUGCGGAGAGGGAUAUAAACCCUGGGGAGGAGAUAACUUAUGAUUACCAUUUUAACCAUGAAGAUGAAGGUAAGAAAAUCCCAUGCUUUUGCAAUUCAAAAAAUUGUAGGCGUUAUUUAAACUAGUAGACUGGCCCCUGUACACUGAAAUUAGCGUUUUUCUUCCUUCUUCUAUGGUUCUUGUUGUAUAUCUUCCUGCAAUGGUGACUCUUCCAAUGUUGCAAUCCACACGGGUUGUGGGUUAUCAAUUUUUUUGCAACUGUUGCAAGCCGAGGGGAUGAAAGGGUAGGAAUAUCUCUCUUAAGGCGGGAUACGACUAACAGAAGGGAUGGCUGGAGGGAAGGUAUAUGUUGAUGCCACAUGGUCAAUUUCACCCAAAUCUUGUGUUGUUGGAGAUAUUCGGCUUUCCCAAAAUCACACUAUUAUGCUUUGGCAGUCAUAAAUGGUAGAAAGAGCUGAUCAGGCCUCCCACUGAUGUUGAGAGGACUACUGUCA